GCCGAAGCCACACCCUCAAAACCCUUCUUCCCUUCCCUCCCCCUCCUCUCCCUCCGCCGCCGCCGCUCUCCCGGCUCGCCAUGGCGUCGGAGAAGAAGCAGUCGAACCCGAUGCGGGAGAUCAAGGUGCAGAAGCUCGUGCUCAACAUCUCCGUCGGCGAGAGCGGCGACAGGCUCACCCGCGCCUCCAAGGUGCUGGAGCAGCUGAGCGGGCAGACCCCGGUUUUUUCCAAGGCGAGGUACACUGUGAGGUCGUUCGGUAUCCGUCGUAACGAGAAGAUCGCGUGCUACGUCACCGUGAGGGGCGAGAAGGCCAUGCAGCUCUUGGAGAGCGGGCUGAAGGUCAAGGAGUACGAGCUUCUGAGGAGGAACUUCAGCGAGACGGGCUGCUUUGGCUUCGGUAUCCAGGAGCACAUCGAUCUUGGCAUCAAGUAUGACCCGUCAACUGGUAUCUAUGGCAUGGACUUCUAUGUUGUUCUCGAGCGUGCUGGAUACCGUGUUGCUCGCCGGCGCAGGUGCAAGUCCCGUGUUGGAAUCCAGCACAGGGUGACUAAGGAGGAUGCCAUGAAGUGGUUCCAGGUCAAGUAUGAGGGUGUCAUCCUCAACAAGGCCCAGGCGAACACCUCGUAAUUGUCAAGAGUAACCAGUUGUGCUGUAGAAUUAAAGUAAGGUUUCAUCUGAAGCAUGGAACUUUUGUCUUUCUUGGAUACCGAAUGCACUGUCAAUUUUGCCUCUGUUAGUUGACCUGCGGCUAUAUUUUCUUCAAAUAUUUAAUGAUAUCCUUGUUUUAAAUCUUAAUGUUAUGGUAGGCUUGAAACUAUAUCAAGCACUUCUGUUACUCGAAUUUUUUGCUGGUU